CGCAAAGAGGAUGAAGAAGGAGGACGUUACAGAGACGAUUGCGAUUGCGAGAACCAAACAAAGAAAAAAGGGUUCGUUCUUCAGAAACUUCGAGAAAUUAUCCAAAGUUGCGAUGUUAUUGUGCAGAGUUCAGAAAAAAGUUUAUAAACUGUUGAGCAUGAUUUCACAUUUCAACAAUUACAUAGCUUUCUCCACCAUUCCUCGUCCAAAUCAAGGUCAAAGGUUCGACCUUUCUCGAGUUUCGUUCACGAUGCGGAGUUUUCAGAUUGAGAGCUGUGUGCGUAAGGAUAAAUCUGAGUUACAGAAGCACUCGUCUCAGCUACCCACUAGGUUUUUCGUUAAUCCGGUUCCAAGGGCUAUUAGGAAUCAAGCUCAAGAAGCUCUUUUUGAUUACUUGCAUUAUACUAGAAGCCUUACUUUUACUGAUGCAGAGCAUAUAAGCAAGAAUUCUCCGUGUUUUAUGUCGACUUUGUUGUCCAAGCUUGAUGAUAACCACAAGGAUAUAUCCAAAGGAUUGACUAAAUUCCUUAGGUACAAUCCCAUAAACGAGUUUGAGCCGUUUUUCGAGAGUUUGGGUUUGUGUCCCCAUGAGUUUGAGCCGUUUCUUCCACAGAAGCUAAUGUUUUUGAGUGAUGAUGGCAUCAUGUUUGAGAAUUUCCAUGCUCUUUGCAACUAUGGGAUCCCUCGUGGUAAGAUUGGUCGUAUGUAUAAAGAAGCGAGAGAGAUUUUUAGAUACGAAUCUGGGUUGUUGGCUUCGAAACUCAGGGAUUACGAAAAUCUGGGUCUUAGCAAGGGUACAGUUAUUAAGUUAGUUACUAGUUGCCCUUUGCUGCUGGUUGGUGGGAUUGAUGCUGAGUUUUCUUCUGUGGUUGAUAAGUUGAAAGGGUUACAAGUAGGAUGUGAUUGGCUUGGGCGGUACCUGUCUGACCGGAAAACAUAUAGCUGGCGCAGAAUUCUGGAGACAAUAGAGUUUCUUGAUAAAGUUGGAUGUAAAGAUGAGAAGUUGAGUAGCCUUUUGAAAAAGUAUCCUGCUUUAGUGAUCGAAGGCUCUGGUAAGAAAUUCUAUGUUCUGUUUGGUAGGUUGUUUAAAGCGGGGCUUCAAGUGGAUGAGAUUUAUAGCUUAUUUAUAGACAACCCAGAGAUGUUGUCAGACAAAUGUGUAAAUAAUAUUCAGAAGACGCUGGAUUUCUUGAUUGCUAUUAAAAUGGAAACACAGUUUAUCACAAAGAUUUUGCUGGGUCACAUGGAGCUUAUUGGUUCAUGCUCUCUGCAAGCACCUAGAACUGCUUGUCUUAGUUUGAACGUUAGACAAGACGAGCUCUGUCAGAUCUUAAAGAAAGAGCCUUUGAGAUUGUUCAGUUUUGUUUCUACAACAAAUAAGAGAAAAAGCAAACCUCUUUCGGAAGACUCGAGGAAACACUCAGAGAAGACAGCGUUUUUGUUGAGGCUAGGGUAUUUGGAAAACUCGGAUGAGAUGGUGAAGGCCCUAAAACAGUUUCGAGGGAGGGGAGAUCAGCUGCAGGAGAGAUUUGAUUGCCUUGUCAAAGCCGGUUUAAAUCAUAAUGUGGUUACUGAAAUCAUCAGGCAUGCUCCGAUGAUACUUAACUUGUCUAAAGAUGUCAUAGAGAAGAAGAUACAUUCCUUAACUGAACUUCUUGGCUACCCAAUUGAAUCCCUGGUAAGAUUCCCGGCAUAUCUGUGUUAUGAUAUGGAGAGAAUACAUCACAGAUUCUCAAUGUAUUUAUGGUUGAGGGAAAGAGAUGCAGCAAAGCCAAUGCUGUCACCAAGUACUAUUCUCACUUGUGGUGAUGCCCGGUUUGUGAAGUAUUUUGUCAAUGUCCACCCGGAAGGUCCAGCCAUUUGGGAAAGUAUAAACCAAUCAUCUACCUGAAGUAAUGUUUAUUGGCAAUAUUUCUUGAAUUUAGUACAACUGUGACAGUGAAGGAUGUGCUGAUGCAGCGCUACGGAUGUGAAUGAUUUUUAUGCCAACUAAUGAAACAAAUGGAAGGGCUUGGAGAUGGCAGGAAGAGCUGAGAUUCAGUAGUGUUGGCCUCUGCUUGUGAAAGAGCAAAAGUAUCUGCGGAGUUACAGAUUUGAUACAUAUCUAAAAUGCUAGUUCAAAGCUACCGCUGCUGUGUUGCACAGUACUGCUUGAAUUGAUUGAAUGUGAUUUGUAUACAGCAUUGGAGAACAACUGCAAAUUGUUUGUUGGGAAUUUUCCCCCUAAACCGUCUCUGCAAUAGCUUUCCUGUAAACGGAUAAACACACCUAACGUUUUUGAAGCAAACAGUACUGAUGGUAAUGUGUUAAGGUGGUUUGUGACACAUCUCUUAUCUAAGGAGCUAUGUCACAUGUGACUCAGAUGCGCUUUAACAACAACAAUAUCAUAUAUCUGUAACUUGUGUAAUUGACUGCUUCAGUUCAGAUCUUAAUGAAAGCAAAUUGUUUAACGUUUGAAGA